AUGGUGUGCAAGGCAAACACUUCAAUCCACAACUUUCCUAAUUUUACUAAUGAACCUCAAAAUAUGAAGAACUUUUUAACCUACCGUCAUUGCAAGAGCUUCCCACGUCUACUUGACUCUCCUCUGAAGUGUGAUGGACCAGUCAACUCCAAAGAGGUGUUCCUGCUCCUGGCCAUUAAAUCCUCCCCAGUCAAUUAUGAACGCAGGGAGGCUAUCCGAAGAACAUGGGGAGCAGAGAAAACUUAUAAUGGUGCUAAUGUAAGGAGAAUUUUCAUCUCAGGAAUUCCAAAACCUCAAAAGGAGAGCAACAGGAUAAUUCAGCUUCUGGCCAUUGAGAGCAAGACAUAUGGAGACAUAGUUCAAUGGAACUUUGAAGAUUCAUUCUACAACCUAACCCUAAAACAGGUGCUGUUUCACCAGUGGUUAUUAGAGAGUUGUCCUUAUGCUCACUUUAUAUUUAAUGGAGAUGAUGAUAUUUUUCUCAACACCUUCAAUGUGCUUACCUACCUUCAGGAAUUUAGAGAUAGUGGCAGAGAUCACCCUCUCUUUGUUGGUCAGCUAAACACAUUUAUGCCUCCAAUCCGUAAUAAAAAUAGCAAGUAUUAUGUCCCAGAAGAGCUGUUUCGCGAGGAAUAUUUUCCACCAUACUGUGGUGGUGGUGGAAUCAUUAUGUCUAGCUUCACAGCACACUCAAUCUUUAAGGAAUCCCAGCAUAUCCCACUCUUCCCUAUUGAUGAUGCUUACCUAGGGAUGUGCUUACAAAGGGCAGGGUUGAAACCAGGUAACCAUGAGGGAAUUAGAACACUGGGAAUUAAGUUGCCUAACUCAGUGGACUCAUUUGACCCAUGCAUUUACCGGCAAAUGUUAAUGGUUCACAGGUUUGUGCCUUAUGAAAUGCUAGUCAUGUGGAAGGCUGUGCAGGUAACAAACCUAGAGUGCAAGAAGAGAAGCAUCAAGCAUGGUGUCUAUAGAAAAUAUAACUUCACUGAACAGGAACUGGGUCAUGGCAUAGUAUAA